AUGGACAGCCAGCAUCCGCUACUCGAGUGGUUCAGCUCGGUCGGCAUCCAGUUGCAUCCCAGCCUCUACCUCGAGCAAGACCCAGCUACAGGCCUCUCCUUCUACACGAGCCAGCCCCUGCCUCCAGACACAACGGUCAUCCAAGUCCCUUCCUCACUAUGCAUCACCUCGAGCAGCGCCUUUGAGCGCAUCCAGAAGCUGUGCGAGGUGUGCACCGACCGUACGACCGACAUCGAUCAGUCAUCACUCCCAGCAGCAGACUGGAUCUUGCUCUACCUCGUACUUAGCCGAUUGGCGAUCGACUUUCCCUCAUCCGACGAGCACGCGUGGCUGAGCUCCGUCUUCACGCACCUUCCCUACGUAGCGCACAUCCCGCGGGUGAUCGAGACGCCUCUCCACUUCUCUCCCGCCGAGCUUGCUCUCCUCGCCAACACGCCACUGGUCGGAUCAACCGAGCGCCGGUUGCGCGAGACGAUCGUCGACUACACCCGUACGCGCACGCUUCUCCUUGGCGCCUUGCACGGGUCCUCUCACGCAUUCGUCACAUACCUCACAGCGAUCCUCACCCCAAUCAUUGAUGAGCAGGACGACCCUUUGAUAGCAUACACCCACCUGCCAGGACUGGAACUCUGGCGAUGGGCAGAAUCAGCCUUCACCUCGCGCACCUUCCCUCCUCGUCUCAUCGACCUCCCCUCCGAAGCACCCAUCCUCAUUCCCGGGUACGACACGUUCAAUCAUGCUCGUGCGCACCCUGUCACCUGGUCUUCCGCCAACGGCAACGUAUGCAUGACUCUCAACCAUCCCGUGCCAGGCGGUGCGCAGGUGUUCAACAACUACGGUGGAAAGUCGAACGAGGAAUUCCUCUCUUCGUAUGGAUUUACUCUGCCUACGAUCAGCGAGGACACGUUGGCGCUCAAGCUCGCCGGUGAAGGGAAGACGCACUACUGGGUCGUCCCCGCUAUCUCCUCAUCCCACAGCGACGCAAGCGGGACAGGGUCCAGCAAAACGCCCUCGCCAUGCCCGACGCUCAUGCUCGAGCUCGAACAGCGCGUUCUACAAGGCGAAGCCCCACCAACAUCGGCGGUGGAACAACUUGAACUCUACGGCGAAGUGCUCGAGACGCUCGAAUCGCUCCUGCUAGCCAAGCGCAAGGCCUUUCGGGCGAGUCAGAAGCAGAUCGACUCCCAAUCCCCAGCCCUACACACCGAGCAGGUCACCGAUUCAUCCUACUGCCGAUCCACAUCGAACACCAUCCGUCCUUCGGUAUGGACCAACAUCAUGCAGUACCGAAAAGGCCAGUUGCAUCUGCUCAACCACGCAGUCGAUUGGACUCGCACCGAACUCGAACGCGUAGCGGACGCACUAGACGAACACUGA